UUUUUUCACUCUCUUCAGUAAUGGAUAUUGAAUUAUUUGAUGUCCCCAAAAUGACCCUCUUGUCCUCUUCCUCUUGCCUUUCUCCAAAGCCACUGUCCUUCUCACUUCUCUUCUCAGCCUGUUCAAACACCUUUAAUUCAAACUUCAAACUCCUCUCUGUCUCUCUCUAGGCCUCACUCUCUUCUAUGCCACUUUCUCUUUCUAGCUUAAACUGUUUCUGGGCAAGUUUAUUUAUUUAUUUAUUUACCGCCUAGCCUUUGUGUUUCAAAAAAAGCUGUCAAUUUAUUACACUAUUUCUCAGUCCCACAACUAUUUUCUUUCUAACAACCCAUAAACAUUGUCUCCCCACCACUACUAGGCAACUUGCCCAUUAUCAUUAGGUGCUGAGUAGUUUUAUUCAUCUUUACUAGAAUUUCAAUGCAGCAACUCUGAAUCUCUGAUUAUGCCGUUGCAUUUUUUAGCUCAAAUUUAGCUACUGUGGUGCUGUUUACUUACAUUAAAAGAUCACACGCUUUUAUUGAUAUUCUACUGUCUCUUGUUCAGUAUCAGUAUAACCAAAUGCCGAGAUCAAGGGGAGCAUCGGAAGGGCCUCAAAGGUCAGCUGCUAGAGUCCCACCACAUCUCAGGACUUCAAGCUCUGAUUCAGAUCCUCUACACCAUCGGCCAAUUACUGAGCGGAGUCCAAAGCCAUUGGACCGUCGUUCCCCAAGAGGCACAAAAUCUGAACCUGUAACUCAGAAGAAAUUUGGCACACGCAUUGCUGAUUUAGAAUCACAACUUGGGCAGGCACAAGAAGAACUGAAGAAUCUCAAAGAGCAGCUGGCUUCUGCUGAGGCUGCAAAGAAAGAAGCCCAAGAACAGUUGGAGAAAAAGAUUGAGAAACCAAUAGUUCCAGAGGAGGAGAAACCCCCAAAGGUAACACAAGAAUUCAAUGAAAGGGAUAUCAGUCCCUCUAAUGAUGUUGUGGGAGAUAACCAGCAGCAGGAAACUGAUGUUUUUGAGGUUCUAGUGGAGAAAAUGACAGUUGAACCAAAACUUGAAACUAGUCAACUCACUGAAGAGGAGGUUCAAAAAGACAGCAAACUAGUUGACAUUUCUAUUGAGCCUCCACCUGCAUUGGAGGAGCUAGAAAAGUCAACCAUGAAAGAAUUGGCUCUAAAGAAUGAUGAAAUAAAAAUGCUGAGAACCAAAUUAGAAGAGAAGGAAAAGGAAGUGGAUGUUUAUGGUCAAGAAAAUGAAAACCUGAAGAACAAGCUGGAGGAAGCUGCUUCAAAAAUCUCAUCUGGUCAAACCAAGGAAGAGGAAAUGUCCCUGAGGUUGAGUCAACUUGGAGAAGACCUGGAAAGCAGCAAAUCGAAUGCAGCUCAACUGAGUGAGCAGCUGAAAUCCGUGGAAGCAGCCAAGGAGGAACUCGAGACUGAGAUGAAGAAGAUAAGAGUGCAGACAGAGCAGUGGAGAAAAGCAGCAGAUGCUGCAGCAGCUGUACUUUCCGGAGGCAUGGACAUGAAUGGGAGAAUCUCUGAGAGGUGUGGCUCCAUGGACAAACAUUUCGGUGGUAGCUACGAGCCCCAAGCUGGUGGCUUUGGAGGUUUCAUGGGGUCUCCUGAUUUGGAUGAUGGUUUCGGUAGUGGAAAACGAAAGGGUUCUGGGAUAAAAAUGUUUGGAGACUUGUGGAGAAAGAAAGGCCAGAAAUAGAGAUGAUCAUCCAUGUUAAGUUAUAUGACUAGGUUUUUGGUUAUAAUGAAACAGUUUCUUACUGUUUCAUACUAUGAUAGUAGGCAUAUUUGUAUUAAUUCUGUCAGUCAUAUCAAAUUCUUGUCCUUCUUUCCUCUAGGCAGCUUAUAUUAUUGUUUAUUUAGCACCCUAUGUAGUAUGUGGUACAAUGGUACUUGGAAUGGAAGUUAAAUUCAUGGUAAGGUGAGGUGAGGAAUCCCAUCCCGUAUUUGAAAAAUGGGACAUUUUGGUGCA